AUGAAUGAGCCGCACACGCCCAAACCAAGGCAGACAGCGCUAGAGAAGAUUGAUGCCAUUCUCGAUCUCCUUGCUGUGUGGCGCUGGACAUUAGGUGACCUUUUGUACCAUUUGUUUCGACUAAAGGAUGAGCAAGAUGAGGACAUUAAAGGACGCUCACGCCGGCAUACCGAAAAGCUCGAGAAGUUUGUGCGAGGGGAGUCUGCUCGGGGCGUUGGGUACAUCAUUCAUGCAUGGCUCAAUAGCCCGUACACGAAGGUCCCUGCAAAUUCACCAGACGCUAACCUUACCUAUCAGCUAGAAACACCAUACGAGGAGAUCAAGCCCGCAAAGGCUGCACUCACCUCAUUUGCAGCACAAAUUUUGACGGACGAGCUUGUCCGAGAGGCAGAAAGUGCCGUGAAGCCUACAAGCGGCUUACACUCCAUGUUGCCGUCGAAAUCGAAUCCAAAGGAGAAGGAGUGGGCCGACAUUGGUGCUACAACCGUGGAGAAAGUUAGUGCAAUCAUACAGAAACACCAGCCACUCACCUGGCAUUAUCUCACCACUAUUGCUUCGCGAGAGUCACGCAAACGUUCUGGAGAGCAUGUCAGCGACCUCGCACUUCAAAACAAUCUUCCGGCCCUUGAGGAUUUAGAAGCUGCCGCGAAGAAGAUGCAUCGCUCAUACUCGAGUACCAAGGCACUUCAUCGAGCACUGUCCAAUGUGGAACGAGAUUCUGAAUGGUCCAAAGUGGUACCGCUUGGCACACCGUGGAUUUCGGACGACGCAGGAGAAGGACCCAGUGGCCAUUACGAGGGUGACCUUGUUCUGGCCAAGUCUGUUGCAUUCAUGCGGGAUGCAUUGAUGUCACGCGAGGCUGCUUAUGCGGUAGCCGAGGGUGAUGUUGGACGCAUGUAUGAGGCUAUCAAGAACAUGCUAUUCACAUUUGCUGGUUCCUCUCACAGCAAGUAUGUGACAUACUUGCUAGAGACCAUCACCUGCCUUGAGUUGGAGGCUAGUCCAGAAUUGCGCGAGACUAUGUUGCGUGCCAGUCUCGUGAAUGUAUCUGGGCAGGCGGGCUCGUUUUGCGCCUUAGACUUCAUGCAAGAAUACCUCAAUCGCCUACUCGAGGCCAUUGUCCAACGCAAGGGUGUUGACUAUGGUGACACGUAUAUCCGCGCUACCAUUUCCCGAAAUCUACAUCAUUUCAGUCGCAUCAAGAAGGAGCUUAGAGGUUUGGUAGGCCUUCAAGUGCGGAGCGGACGACAUACUGAACCACACACUCGUCCUGAGGUGUCCAUUCUCCUCGCUGAAUACAAACAGAGUCAGCUUCACAGCCGACGUCCAGGGCGCAACUACGGGGGGUAUGACAAGAAAAUGGGCUAUGAUGACUUCGAGCGCGGUGUUGAACACUUGCGGAAUGGCAAGCUGCGCACAUUCGUUGCAGACACUACAUUGGGCCGUGGCUUGAUGACUGGCCUCGAAGAAUCUGUUGAUGCUGCGAUGGAGUUGGAUACCAACUGCGAGACACAGUGGAUGGAAUUGGGCAAUAUAUUUGUGGAAGAAGGUGAACUCGUUGUCGAGACUGACCGUGCUGUGCUCGAAUUGUAG